UGAAUGAUUUUAAGCAUUUAAAUAAAAAAUGGUUACUAUUACAACUUUUUACGCAGAAUUCAAAUAUGUCAAUAACUCAAAUUUGAAAAACCAUCGGAAUUUCCCUUUAACUAAUUAUAUUGUAGUAUAGUAUUAUAGAGUUAGACUAGAUAGUAUUGUGACUUUAGACAAGUUUAGAGUUAGAGCCCCUAGUGGUACAUCUGACAUGAUAUUUGUUUUGUGACAAUUGUAAACAGAAAAAAUGCAGAGAGCAGGGAGAACUGCUUUUUUGUGGAUCUCAUCAAUCAAAGCUUUCGCCACUGUCUGGAGAUUUUGACCCAGCUUUAUGCCCACCUACAUUCCUAUACAUUCUCAAGCAGCUUUAUGUGAGACGAAAGGCUAGAUCUAAGAUUAGACACAAGAUGGUUAUUUGUCUGAUCUCUUUCCAAUAGAAAAUGGUGUAAAGCAGGGCUGUGUACUUGCCCCUACUGCCUACUCUGUCUGGUAACUUCUUUGGCGUAAUUUGGGUCAAAUGACUGGGCAGUGGCAUCUACAUCAGAUUUAGCUCAGACAGCAAUGCGUUCAAUCUUUGACACUACUGUCCCAUACAAAAACACAGGAAAUGGUCUUAACAGAGCUUCUCUAUGUUGAUGAUUGUGUCUUACUAUCUCACAAUGAACAUGACCACCAGCUCACGGUCAACAUAUUUGCAUACACUGCCACCUCUUUUGGUUUAUCUAUAAACCUUCAAAAAAUAUAAAUCAUGUUCCAGAAGUCACCCAAUAAAGCCUACUCAGCCCCAAAGAUCUCAUGAUCUCAUAAAUGGACACACCCUUAAUGUGGUAGACCAUUUCACAUAACUAGGAAGCAUAGUAUCAAACAAUGCAUCGCUUUCAAGGGAAGUUGAUAACCAUCUGGCUAGGGCUAAUAGUGCCAGAUGAGAGCUUGGCGGAAUAAAUAGCUUUGCCGGCCUACAAAAAUCAGUGUCUACCAAGCAGUGGUUCUCUCAACUCUUCUAUAUGGAUCUGAGACAUGGGUAUUGUACAGAAAGCAAAUAAGACUUCUUGAGUGCUUUCCUCAAAGAAGCUUGCACUCCAUCAUGGACAUAUGAUGGAAGACCGCACUACAAACAGCGAUGUCCUUGCGAACACCAAUAUAGACAGCAUAGAAGAACUUCUUAUGUUCCGACAGUUAUGCUGGGUAGGUCAAUAAUAGAAUAUGCAUCCUAUUAUGUGGGACGAAAGGCUAGAUCUAAGAAAACAUUAAGAAACUGGAACAGACAUAAAACAGAGCAGUGAGAUUCAUAACAAAUGAAUAUUCACAUUUGACUCGAGUAACACCUUUACUAAAAUCACUAAAUUUAGAAAGCCUUCAGGACAGAAGACUCAAAAGUAAAGUAGCAAUUAUACAUAAAACACUGAACCAUAAUCUUCAAAUACAAAAACAAAAUUUAAUAAAUUACUCAGAAAGACACAAAGAUAAAGGCACAUUCCUCACCCCAUAUGCUAGGACAAAUUUGUACAAAUACUCCUUCUUCCCUAGUGCUAUUAGAUCAUGGAAUGGGUUGUGUGAACUAGCCAGGAAAACCAAUGACUUGGCAGAAUUUAAGUCAUUGGUUAAUAUGCAUGACUGAAUGCAUGACGCAUAGGACAUAAUCAUCUUCUUUUUUGAAGUAAUAUCUGUACAGUAUUAAAUAAGAUAAGAAGAUAAGUAUGGGGGAGGAACAUAUGCCAAAGACAAUCUUUUUUUGUGAGCUGAAAGGUAGUUGACGUAACAGAGGUGCCCCACGGAAAUGCUUUAAAGACCAGCUUAGGUGCCAACUUGCUUUUACUGACAUAUGAGAGAGCAUCUGGCUGCAGGCAGCUUCAGAACGAGACAUCAGCUGGAUACACAUUUGAGACCAAAAGAAAAUCUACUGCAGAGGACAGAUGUCUGCUCUGGAAGUGGCAAAAUACAUAGGUCACAGCUGGGGCUGUAUAGCCAUGUGAAAAGCUGAUAUUGGUGCGUCACUUUGUAUUGCAUCAUUCAGUGAAAUGGUCAUAUUAUAACGUUUUCCUCACCCCCCUCAAUGACAUAUUUUAUUGAAACUUUUUGCUCUUGUCAAUGGAAUGGCAGGCAUUAUAAAGCUCACUUUUACUGCCUACUUUUUUCUCUGUUGCACACUCAAAUGGUCAGUGUAUUUAUUGAGACUUUAAACCUGCUAUAGGCCAUACACUUUGACUAUACUGUGACUCUAUCUAAUUAUAAUAUCUUCUUCCCUUUCUCUUCCAUUCAGUCCUCCCCCAAAAAUAUAUCUGCAUGUAACACAAAUCAAUGCUACUUAACAUCUGAAAUAUUUUGCAUGGGCACUUUAGCCUUAAUGCCACCUACAGGACAUUUUUAUGUUGUAAUAAAUUCAGACAUGAGGAUGUUAGCAUUAAAACUUUGAUAACUUCAAAACAUCCUUUUAAACAAGAGUUGGGAAACAUAAAUGUUUUUCAAUCUGGCCAUAUGACACCUAUGAUCUUUACAUUCUUGCAGAAAUGGUCAAAGAUAUAUUUAUUUUGUUAUAUUGCUAUCACACAUGAAAAAAGCUGUGCAAGGGAAAAUUCCAGAGUAGUUGCUAAAGUUGUCAGAGAGAGAGUUUUUCCAGUGUUCGAAGCACAUAAGAUGAGCCUCACUUCUAAUUGCUUGUUUUCAUUAGAUCGUGAUAUGUAUUCACUUCAAGAAAACCAUAAAGUUCUAGAUCCUCCAAGUAGAUGGACUUGCAAUUUUUGUGGCAAAGCUUUUGUUUCAGAAUAUUUCUUAGACAGGCAUUUUGAAAACAGACACAUGGAUCAGAUCCAAACAGAUGAUGCCAUUUGUUUAGCUGAUGUUUGUGAUAUAUUUCGAUGUGACAUCAUAUCAGGGGCUUCACAUCCAGACUACUGGGAUAUAGCCUUGUGUAUGGAAGAUGACAUGGAAGAGCUAUUUGCUCAGUGCAAGACUAUUGUAGAAGACUGUGUUCCAUCUGGUCCAAGUAAAAAUGAAACAGACAUAGUGAAGAGUCAGGGGAUGGAAAAUUUGUGUUCAUUUUUGACCUGUUCCAAAUUUUGGAAUACUCCCUACCAGCAGGAAGAGAACUCCCACACAGCCUUGUAUAUAGUGCUAACCACAAUGACUUGCUUUGGGAUUGUUGUGUACAACUUUGUUUUCUACAACUACUUUUACUCUGAUCUUGUGGAAACAAACUAUGAUGUGACACCCAAGCCAAAACACAAAAUCAAAAAAUUUAAUCCUGACAUUGCAUAUGGAGAUUCUACCAGACUACGUCUUUCAGCUGAUUGAUUAGCUUAAUGUUUGCAGAUAAUUUAUACAUACCAUUAUUUAUUCAUCCAUGCCUGUCUUUUUUUCCCUUCUUUAAUUCAAAAAAAAAAAAAAAGGGGGGAAAUUAUUUAUUGAAUUUUACAAUCAAAUAGAGCAGGAGAGACAUUAUCUCCUUUAGAAUGAAAUAUGAGAAACUACAUCUCCAUUGGAGCAUUGAACACAUCUCCAUUGGAGCAUUGACCACAUCUCCAUUGGAGCAUUGAACACAUCUCCAUUGGAGCAUUGAACACAUCUCCAUUGGAGCAUUGAACACAUCUCCAUUGGAGCAUUGAACACAUCUCCAUUGGAGCAUUGAACACAUCUCCAUUGGAGCAUUGAACACAUCUCCAUUGGAGCAUUGAACACAUCUCCAUUGGAGCAUUGAACACAUCUCCAUUGGAGCAUUGAACACAUCUCCAUUGGAGCAUUGAACACAUCUCCAUUGGAGCAUUGAACACAUCUCCAUUGGAGCAUUGAACACAUCUCCAUUGGAGCAUUGAACACAUCUCCAUUGGAGCAUUGAACACAUC